UAUCUUGUAAAUAAAGAUGUAUUAUUUACUCUGUCUCCUGAUACAAGAAUUAGGGGUCACAAAAAUGAGACUAGGCGGCAGUAAAUUUAAAACUAACAAAAGGAAGUUCUUUACACGCAGUGUGUAAUUCAGGUGUGGAGCUCAUGGCCACCAGAUGCUGUUUAUCCAGAGUCAGAAAGGGACUGGACAGAUUCUUGGAGGAAAGGGGCAUCAGGAGCUAUGGUGCAUGGCAGUUAGGGGUUCAGCCUCAGAAUCUGAACUUCCAAGACCUUAAAUGCUGCGGAGGCUGCAAGGGAGAGGAGCAGUGGGGGGAAAAAACUGUGGUCUUACCCAGUUCACUGUCCCUUUCAUUCUCUGCCAGUGUGUGACACAAGAUACUGGCCAAGAUGGAUAUAUGGUCUGACCAAGUAAAUGGCAGUCCUUAUGUUGUUAUGCCCCCCUGAGAAAGGCAUAGGACAUGCCCUCCAUGCCUGUGGAAAGCAUCAUUUCCCAUGAACACAGCACUAGCCAAAGACUUUAGAGCAGGGGGGGUCAGAUAAGGCCCACAAAGCCACUCAGUACAGCCUGCCAGAUACCGUAGGAAGUUGGGCAGUGUGGCCUACAGUAGAAUCUGGGGCCCUUGUGGACGUGGCUAUCAGCAGCAGGAGGGUGAGCAAGGGCUGAUGCAAUCCUGGCCACCCUUUGGAUGCUUUGCCCAUCACCACUGCCAUAGCCCUAGCUCCUUUGACCCCAGCCCCAUUGCUGCCCCAUGCCUUCUGCUCUAUUCCAACAUUAAAGCUGCUACUGCAACACAGGGCAUGCAGCAGCAGCUUCCACAGGACACACAGCAGGAACUGGAGUUGCUCAGUGUGCCGCAGGCUGGUGCUGCUGCCUUGGGCUGAACCCUGCUAGGAUGGAGCCCCACAAUCCAAAUCCAACAUGGGUUCACAAAAGCACUCUUCUUUGGGAAGUGAAGAAUGGAAUCCUUGGGAAGGGGAUGAAAAAAACGAACAGAUUGCUUCCCAGCAAAGAUAUGAAACUAACCUUCAAUUACUAAAAAAUAUAAAAUCUCAGCAAGAACCAACAGCCCUUAGAGUGCAGAUCUGGGGUAAAGCAGCAGUAGGUCUUUACCUCUGGCAACAUAUUCUUGAAGGUCUGCUUGAACCAGCUGACAUGACUGCUCAGUGGAGAGAAGGAAGCAUAAAGGCAGGAAAAACACUUUUCAGUUUCAUCACUGGUGCAGCUGUAGUUCCUGGAUAUUUCUCAGUAGAAGCUGAUAAUGUGGUUCUAGUUCUGAAUGGAAGAGAAGAAGCAAAGAUAACUUACGCCACACAGUGGUUACAUUAUGCACAAACUUUAAUUCAAACUCACAAGCUGCAGCAUGUUGCUGUCCUGCUGCUUGGAAAUGAACAGUGCAACAAUGAAUGGAUACAACCAUACCUAAAAGGACAUGGGGGAUUUGUAGAGCUACUUUUUAUAAUCUAUGAUUCUCCCUGGGUAAACAAAGACGACAUUUUCCAGUGGCCUUUAGGAGUGGCUACAUAUAGAAAUUUUCCUGUGGUAGAACCCACUUGGUCAAUGCUUCGUACUCCAAGAUCAUAUCUAUGCAAUUUCUUGGGAACAGUUUAUAAGAACUCAUCUAGGGAGACCCUAAUGGAAGUGUUGAAACAAGAUGAACUUGAUAAACUUUGCUGGAUUACAGCCAGAGAACAGUGGCAGCCUCAAGAAACAAAUGAAAGUUUUAAAAAUUAUCAAGAUGCAUUGCUGCAGAGUGAUCUCACAUUGUGCCCAGUGGGAGUAAAUACAGAAUGCUAUAGAAUUUAUGAGGCAUGUUCAUACGGAUCUGUUCCUGUGGUAGAAGAUGUAAUGACACCAGGUGAUUGUGGAAAUUCAUCUAUAUACCACAAUGCUCCAUUGCAAUUACUAAAGACAAUGGGGGCUCCAUUUAUCUUUGUUAAAAACUGGAAAGAGCUUCCUGUAGUUUUAGAAAAAGAAAAAAAUAUGAACUUACAAGAAAAGAUCCAAAGAAGAAAAAAGCUUAUAGAAUGGUACAGGCACUUCAAAGCGCAAAUGAAACAAAAAUUCAUUCAUAUUUUAGAAAACUCAUUUUUACCCUAUGAAAAAGGAUAAAUUUCACACACCACCCCCACCGAAAAUCAAAAAUUGGUUGAAAACUUUAUUCCCACUGAUCUGUAAACGAUGCUUUAUAUAGAAAGAAAAAUCAACACAAGUGCAGCUCCUUUGAAAUCAACAGAGCUGUGCAAACUUAUCCCAGGGCUGAAUUUAGCCGUCUGUUCUUAGCUGCUUUCAGAAAGUCUUAGAGGUUGGCAGUCUGCACGGACAUCAUUAACUUUAUUAUUAUUACUGCAAUGCCUAGUUUUCUUAUAUUUAGCAAAUAAAUGCUUCUGAUUCUCAGUGGGAUUACAGGAUUUCAAGAAAUACUUCACUCAGUUUUGUAGGAUUUCCCCCCCAAAAGUGCUGGCCACACUGUAGUGAUAUUUCUGUUUUCAGUAUUCUCUUUCCUGAAGUUCUCCUGCCGCCACUCCCCCAUUUUAAAAAUAUAUAACUGAAGAGCAAAAGCCUGGGUCAAACAAGCCCUAAAUGACAGAACUUUUAAUAGUAAACAAAUUCUUUAUUGUAAGUACAAUAAUUAUUUGUACAUAGAACUACCCCCUCCCACCUGUCAGGAACAAAAUGAAAGCAUUUAGUGCUUUAGGUUCUUCCCAUUUUUCUAAUGUCUCAGAGUUACAUGUUGGGUGGUGGUAGAUGCUUGAUGUGAAAAAACUUUACUUUUGUGUGGUUUUAUAACAAAAGGAGUGUAUCCUUGUGUGGAUCUGUGCUCCUCGCUCGUUGUCUGCAACACGUUUCUGUAGUUGUCAUCCCCAUUAUGGCUUCCAAGUGUCCCGCUAGCUUAUCUUCUACCCCUCUCCCUGGUCCAUCUAUGAAGUGCAAGAGAACUUCACUAACCCUUCACCACCUCUCUUCAUACCAACUAAACAUUCACCACCACGCUAUGUUGUGUGUACUGUCUGCUGUUGGUGAGUACCAAAAUUGUCUUGUAAAAGUGGUAGAAAUGGGUCUGAGGGUCAGUACAGUCGAGGUCUUGGAACAUAUCCCUAUUUAUUACACUGUAAAGUGGGUUCCCUUUACGUGAAUUUGGGUUGUGCGCCAUUUUCCAGAAAUGCAUGUACAGCAUAAAGCAAGGGAAACUUGUAAUCCUUCUUCCCUGACAUCCACCCAUCCAUACCUCUUUCUCUGGUCACAUAUGGAGAAUAUCCAAGAGUGCUCACUUUUGUGAAACCUUUCUCCACUUAAACAUUUCUGUAAAGGAAGGACUAUCCUUAUAUUUUAAAUACGUAUCUAGAAUCCUGAGCCCUCUCCACUUUCUCCAAGAAAAGUCACAGUUUAGAAUACUGUUUUAGUGGGUUGUUUUUUUUCUGGUAAGGUUGUAGUGGUAUUAUGGUAUAUGUGGUAUAUGGCAGUAUUUAUGAUGUCAAAGUAAACAUGUAAAAAUGCAUUUGAUCAAUGUUUUCAGUUAAAAAAUGCAGCCCCAUGGGCAUAGUAAGUUUGUAAGCAUAAUUAUGGGUCUGUGUCAUCACACUAAUCUUGAGGCCCAGAUGUCUGCAAGAGUCAAAAAAGAAUUAGGGAUAAAUGUUUUAAAAAAUGUCAGUGUGAGUUGGGAACUCACUUCCCAUAUCCCUGUUCCUGCUACUGAAGCAUCUGGUAUUAACCACUAUCCCAGGAAAUGCUCUCUGCCUCACAUCCUUUCCCUUUGCAUGCAUCUCUAAGAUACAAAGAGAGUCUCUUCUUUAGGGUCCAGUCGAUAAGGCUAAGUACAGAAAAUCAAAAAGCCCAAGGCAGAACCAAUUCAAUCUAUGCAGUUUCCUCUAAGCUUCAUAGGUUAAACUGACAACCAACUGAACUGACAUCCAGUUUUCAAUUGGGAAAGGCAGAGAGAGGCCUGUGCUGACCCAGGCUAGUAGGCAGGGAGUACUAAAGCACACCUCCCAGCCUGCUGGCCAUUGCCAGCCUGGCCAAGUAGAACCAUUCCUGAUUGACUCCCUGGUACAUGCCCCCAACCCCCCGCUGUCUCCCCACAGCGGGUUGAGGAGCCCCCUGUCCAGGUACUGGCCCACCUCGGGGAGCCUCCCCCUCACAGGGUUUCCCCAAGCUUGGGUUCCCCAGCCCUGGGAGCCAAGGGGAUUUCCUACCUCCCCACUCCCAGUUGCUGUGAGUCUGAGGCAAAAGCAGCUGCGGGGGGAGUGGAAGAAUUUCCUUCCGCUUCCUGAGGCUGCCCCAGGCUAUCCAUGAGAUUAGCAGGGGCUAAGGCAAGCAGCUGUGGGGUUCAAGAGGGAAACAAUUCCCCUCAGCUCCCUGGGGCUGCC